AUGACAGAGCAAAAACGUGUGAUUUUAGUGACUGGAGCAAAUAAAGGCAUUGGUUUUGAAGUCGUAAAAAAAUUUCUUGAUCAAUCUUCUUCUAAAAACAAUGAUAUUAUUCUUCUUGGUAGUCGAGAUAUCAAACGUGGUGAAGAUGCAAUUCAACGAUUAGGCUCUCCAUCAAAUGUGCAUUUAUUACAAUUAGAUACAUCAUCAAAAGAAAGUAUCCUUGCUGCUACUAAUGAAAUAAGACAAAAAUACAAUGGACAUUUAGAUAUAUUAAUUAAUAAUGCUGCAAUUGCACCAAAAGAUCAAUCAGUUGAGGCAACAAAAUCAGCAUUUGAAACUAAUUAUUAUGGUAUUAAAAUACUUAAUGAAAAUUUGAUUCCAUUAAUACGUAAACAUGGUCGUGUCAUUAAUGUUGCCAGCGGUGUUGGUCCAUUGGUAUCAUAUCUUUUUUCAAAAGAACUUCAAGAAAAAUAUACAUCACCAACAUUAACAACACCAGAACUGGAUCAUAUUGUUCAAGAAUUUCUUUCAGCAUAUGGAUCGGACAAUUUAGAACGUAUUGGAUAUUCUUCUGAAAUACCUUUCCCAUCAUAUACUGUUUCUAAAGCUGCACUAAUUGCUCUUACUCGAUGUCAAGCACGUCAAUAUUGUAAAGAUAAAAAUCUAUUCAUUUAUUCUGUAUGUCCUGGCUUUUGUGCCACUGAUCUUAAUGGUAAUGCUGCCGGAGCUCGAUCAGCAGCACUUGGUGCCGAUUCUAUAAUGUAUGUAAUCAAUACACCAACAAAUGAAUUAGAAAAUGGCGCUUUUUAUCAAGAUGGUAAACAACUACCAUAUAUAUGUGAUGAUGAAGCUAAAGUCAAAGGAUUUGUUGAACAUUCCAAAACAUUAUUCAAAGAAAAACAAUAA